UUUCGGCCACGCGUUUUACGUGUUGAUGGUCGGUGUUAUUUUCAUUAAAUAAAUCUAUAAUGGCUAAAUCAAUUCGAAGUAAAUGGAAGCGCAAGUGCCGUGCGAUCAAACGGGAGCGCUAUGCGGUAAAAGAACUGGCCAGAUUGAAGAAAAUGCUCGGUAUUAAAGAGGACGACAAGACCAAAGAGGUUAUGGACACAGAGAUUGCAAACCAAGAAGAGCAAGUAAUAUUUUUGGACGCUGGAGAGUUGAAAAAGAAGAAAAAGAACAAGAGUAAACGUAAACCUGCCCCUGAAGAAGAAGAAGACGUUCCAAUGAGCUCUGAUGAGGAAAACAUCGAGGUGGAAGGCGACAAUGGCAAGACACGGUUUUUUAGUACGAAAACACUAAAGGAUCAAAAUGGUCAAUAUCCAGUCUGGUUGCACAAGAGAAAAAUUGCCAAAAUGAAUAAGGUUGGAAAGAAAAACACUAAAAAACGAUCAAAGAAAAGACGACGUUAGCGUUAAAGAUGCUUUAGUGUAAUAUUAAGUAUAGAAUAUAAAUAUUUUGCAAUAAACUUUGUAAACUCUCGUCUAUGAUGUCCAUAACAACGGAAGCAUGAAUAAACU